AUGUGGGCACACGCAUUGGCUUGGAGUACUAGGCACGUUGAGGCUUUAUUUGUUAAUCUGCAACAACUGAGUCGGCAAAUGAUUACCAAUGAAGCGUGUCGUAAGGCGUUUUUCAGUGACGGCUUCGAAAUGCUUGAUUUGAAUUAUGUUUCUAUCGAUGCGUCCGACGUUUGCGUUCGUGGUGUGAAAGGCGAGUAUCUUUGCGCGGACGACAUGGGUACUUCAUUGAUCAAGACAAAGUCCAACAACAGCAGCGAUGACCACAAAGACAUGGGUGAUGUCAAAGACAUGGGUGAUGUCAAAGACAUUGAUGAUGACAACGACAGCUAUGAUUACAAAGACAGCUAUAAUGAUGUCAAAAACAGCGGUGAUGCGGAAAACAAGUAUGAUGGCAAAGACAGCGGAGAUGUUCUGAUGGGUUGGGUUAGCGGCAAUUUAAACGGCGACUGUCGCGACCGGGUUUGCCCACCAUUUACGCGCGUGUGUCGUCCGCGGUAG